AUGGCAUCAAAACCCAUCUUCGUCUUCGACAACCCGCGAACACGUUCCCAUCUCUUCUGGCGAUGGAUUGGGACUCACCCGGACUUACGAACGGAAUAUCAUCCAUACCUACUGGCAGCUCAUCUUGGUCCCGAGAACUUCUAUCGCGACAUUCGAUGCUCCCCGCAACGAAGGGAGGUGAUUGAGAAGUAUGGGGUGACAGAUGUGCCCGAUACGUUUAACAGCGCGACGCAAGAUCUGCAGAAGGCAGUCAAUCGAGCUUCUAACCAACGACUUUUCGUCAGCGACCACUGCCAUCGGCUUGUCAAACGAGACCUUCUCUUCUCCGUGAUUAGGAGUGAGAGACAGCCACAAGACGCGCCGUCGAAUCCAACACUCAUCCCAGAUUCGCUUCUGCUGAAGUUUGAUCCAAUUAUCCUGAUCAGACAUCCCAUCUUCACCAUCCCAUCGUUCUACAAGCAGAUGACUAGGUUCAAUCUCUGUUUUGAGUCGGACGGAGAGGAUAUGCGCCUGCAGACGACGUUGCAGUACGCUUGGCUGAUCUUUGAAUACUUGCGGGAGGCUACUGGUCGCCCACCAAUUGUUGUCGAUGGAGAUGACAUCGUAUGGCGUGCCGGCGAGGUGAAGGAAGGCGUGUGUGCUGCGCUGGGUCUGGAUGCUGCCGGUGUGCAGGACAGCUGGGGCCCGACGCCUGUCGAGGAGCGUCCGACGAACCAGUACGUCUGGGAAUUUACGAAGGUGGCGCAUGAGUCGACGGGGAUUGAGAGGGUGCCUUCGAAGCCGGCAGUGCCUUCAAUCGACGAAGCGUUCGAGGGGUGGAGAAAAGAGUAUGGCGGCGAGGUGGCAGGGCAUCUCAGGUCUCUUGUGGAAGCAGAGAUGGCGCAUUAUGAUUAUCUCAAGCAGUUUAAGAUCUAA